UUUUAUCUUCACAUUUAAUUAUCUUGUAAAUUAUUAUUUAUUUUGUAAAAUAUUGUAAAUAGUGUAAGAUAUUAUAAAUUAUGUAAGGUUGUAAAUUAUGUGAGAUAGAGUUGAUGUUGAGUGAGAUAUCGAGUGUGGUAUUGAAUUUAGGGCUUGGAAUCUCAACUGUAAUUGCACAUUAUUUAUACAAUAGAAAAUACUAUAACCUCCAAACUCAACAAAAUAAUAAUAAUCACACCAAUUCUCCCAGGGAAGGGGGGAUUGAGUUAAAGGUUGAUGAGAAAAGGUAUAAGAGGUGUAGAAUAUAUUACGCGAGUCAAACUGGCACUUCUGAACGUUUUUCAAGACUUUUAGCCGAGAAACUAUCACAAUUUAAUAUUUCACAUGAACCAAUUAAUUUAGAGGAUUUUGAGGAGUCCGAUUUCUAUGUGGAGGAGUCGGUGUUUAUAUUUCUAGUCUCAACGCAUUACGACGGAUUAUUCCCCGACAAUACCAAAAACUUUCAGAAAAUCUUGAGAAAGUUGGAGAGGAAUGGCACUGAGUUACGGUUGAAUUAUUGUAUUUUCGGUCUUGGGAGUAGUGACUAUGAAUACUUUAAUGAGGCCGCUAAAGUAUUACAAGCCACACUCACACAACUCAAAGCACACGAAUUCACCCCAAUAUAUUUGUGUGAUGAGUUGAAUGGUGUUGGUAAGGAGUUUGAGAAAUGGCUAAACCAGCUUUUGACUGCACUUUCAAAUAUCUAUCACAUUAACAUUUCACAAGAUAAUACCGAACCGCCCUACUACAAAUCCUGGAGACAUCUGUGUGGUUUGGAGCUUCGGUAUGAGAAUAUAAGUGUGUCUAACAAGUUUGAAGUGGUACCAAAUGACAUAAUUUGUAAGCAGCAGUACCAAUGCACAGAUGCUAAAGUGUUACAAAAUCACAAUUUAAUUCCCAAUUCCGAUCAAUCCACACAUGAAAUUACCAUAGAUUUCAAGGAGAAUUAUAACAUUUCCGACACUCUCUACGUUCUUUAUCGUAACCCAUCACAUGUGGUCCGUUGGUAUAUGGAAAGAUUAGAAUUGACGGAAGAUGAUUUGGAUAAAGUAAUCACAUUUGUUCCAAGAUAUGGUAAUGUUAAUCAGAAAUUAUCCUUCUCACCGCCGUUCCCCAUCCCAGCAACUGUUAAGGACGUGUUGGAGUUAUAUUGUGAUUUAACGAGUUUACCAGCGGAUGAGGAGAUAUUAAAUUUCUGCACGUUUAUCAGGGAUAAAGCUGAAAUUGAACGUGUCGAACAGGUGAUUAACAACUCUAAACUCAUGAAACACAUUCGUGAAGAAGUUAAACUCACGUUCAACGAGUUUAUUACCCUUUUCUUCCCCAACACCAAGUUCAAUCUCGCAGGGUUCCUACAACUCAUCCCCAAACAAAUUCCCAAAGCAUACACCAUCGCAUCCACCCCUAACAAUGAGAUAAAGAUAAUAGUGAAGCGAGUGGAGUAUAAUUUACAUUCGUUGAGAACAUUUUACAAGACAAAUGUGAGGCGUUUGGGGUUAUUUAACGAGGUGCCAAGGACUGAAUUGUACAAACGCAGAAUUUACAAGGGCAACUGCAGCAAUUAUUUAUGUGACCUAAAGCCCGGGGAUACUGUCAAAUUCUUCAUUCGAGACUCUGUUUUCUCUAAUAUUAAUCUCAAUCGUGAUUUACUACUCAUUGCCAAUGGGACAGGAAUGUCUGGAAUAAGACCGAUAUAUAAAUCAGUGGAGGAGAAGGGAUUGGAAAGUAAAGUAAUAAUAUUCCUGGGGUUCAGAACGAUUAAUCACAUCCUAUACCACGAAGAACUUGAAAAACUACAAAAUCUCAACAACUUCCACAUCUCAUACGCGCUCUCAAGAGAAAACGAUCGUAGGUAUGUGCAAGAGUUGGUAAAGAGUAAUUUGAGGGAGAUUGGUGAGUUGGUAUCACGUGGUGGUAUAAUUUGCAUUUGCGGUAGCAGAAGAAUGGGCAAUGAAAUUAAACUAAUCCUCAAAAAUUAUAUAACAAACUUCGAACAAAUAAAACACAACCAACUCAUUCAAGAACUUUGGUAAUUUCUACCAAACACCCAGCAACUUAAUGUGUAAAAUACUAUAAAUA